ACAGUCAAUAAGAUAAUGGCAAGCAUUUCUAGCGUUCCAACACACAUGAAAGCUUGGGCCUAUUCUGAAUACGGGAACAUAGUAGAGAUUCUCAAAUUUGAUACUAACAUACCUAUACCAGAUAUCAAUGAAGAUCAAGUGCUCAUCAAGGUUGUGGCUGCAGCCCUUAAUCCUGUAGAUUGUAAGAGAGCUCAGGGGUAUUUCAAGAACACUGACUCUCCCUUACCUACUGUACCAGGGUAUGAUGUUGCUGGCGUGGUGGUGAGAGUGGGAAUUCAAGUGAGAAAAUUCAAGGUUGGGGAUGAAGUUUAUGGUGAUAUCGUUGAUCAUGAUGGUGUGAAUAAACUAAGGUCCAUUGGGUCUUUGGCAGAGUAUACUGUGGCUGAAGAGAAACUAUUGGCUCACAAACCCUCCAACUUGAGCUUUAUUGAAGCUGCUGGCCUUCCUUUAGCCAUACUCACUGCUUAUCAAGCACUUGAAAUAGUUGAACUUUCUGCUGGUCAAUCUGUACUUGUUCUAGGAGGUGCUGGUGGAGUUGGUACCCUUGUUAUUCAGCUGGCCAAGCACCUUUUUGGGGCAUCUAAGGUUGCAGCUACUGCUAGUACUCCGAAACUGGAUUUGUUGAGGAGCUUGGGAGCAGACUUUCCUAUUGAUUAUACAAAGGAGAACUUUGAAGAACUUCCAGAAAAGUUUGAUGUAGUGUACGAUGCUGUAGGAGAGAGUGACAAAGCAUUGAAGGGUGUUAAAGAAGGGGGCAAAGUUGUGACAAUAGAACCACCUGCAACUCCACCAGCCAUAAUGUACUCUCUCAUUUCAGAUGGAGCUUCGUUGGAGAAACUACAGCCCUACUUAGAAAGUGGGAAGAUGAAAGCAAUAUUGGAUCCAAAGGGUCCCUUUCCGUUUUCUAAAACUGUGGAAGCAUUUGCACACUUGAAGACUAAGAGAGCCAUUGGAAAAAUAGUCAUACAUCCCAUCCCAUAAGCAUACAAGUGUACACAUACACACAUAUAUAUAUAUAGUGUACAGAUACA